UGGAGCUCUGGGGAACUUUUUCCCCUUCUUCAGGUCAGGGGAAAGGGAAUGCCCAAUUCAGAGAGACAUGGGGGCAAGAAGGACGCGAGUGGAGGAGCUUCUGGAACUUUGCAGCCGUCCUCGGGAGGUGGCAGCUCCAACAGCAGAGAGCGUCACCGCUUGGUGUCGAAGCACAAGAGGCAUAAGUCCAAGCACUCCAAAGACAUGGGGUUGGUGACCCCCGAAGCGGCAUCCUUGGGUACCAUGAUCAAACCUUUGGUGGAGUAUGAUGACAUCAGUUCUGAUUCAGACACCUUCUCUGAUGACACGGCCUUCAAAUCAGACCGGAGGGAGAACGAUGAACGUCGCGGAACGGAUCGCAGUGACCGCCUGCACAAGCAUCGUCACCACCAGCACCGGCGUUCCCGGGACUUGCUAAAAACGAAACAGACCGAAAAAGAGAAAAACCAGGAAGUCUCCAGCAAGUCGGGAUCGAUGAAGGAACGAACGUCAGGCAGUUCCAAGCGUUCCGCUGAGGGCAGUGAUGACUAUGGGAAGGCGCCGAUCUGCAAAAGCAGCAGCAAAGAGUCCAGGUCAUCCAAACUGCAUAAGGAGAAGACCCGAAAAGAACGGGAGUUGAAGUCUGGACACAAAGACCGGAGUAAAAGUCAUCGAAAAAGGGAAACACCCAAAAGUUACAAAACGGUCGAUAGCCCGAAACGGAGAUCCCGGAGUCCUCACAGGAAAUGGUCUGACAGCUCCAAGCAAGAUGAUAGCCCUUCUGGAGCAUCUUAUGGCCAAGAUUAUGACCUUAGUCCCCCAAGGUCCCAUUCUUCUAGCAAUUAUGACUCCUACAAGAAGAGUCCUGGAAGUAACUCCAGAAGACAGUCGAUCAGCCCACCUUACAAAGAACCUUCGGCUUACCAGUCUAGCACCCGGUCACCUAGUCCCUACAGCAGACGACAGAGGUCUGUGAGUCCCUACAGCCGGAGACGGUCGUCCAGCUAUGAAAGGAGUGGCUCUUACAGCGGAAGAUCACCCAGUCCCUAUGGUCGAAGAAGAUCUAGCAGCCCAUUCUUGAGCAAGCGGUCUCUGAGUCGGAGUCCACUCCCCAGUAGAAAAUCUAUGAAGUCCAGAAGUAGAAGUCCUGCAUAUUCAAGACACUCAUCUUCUCACAGUAAAAAGAAGAGAUCUGGAUCAAGGAGUCGUCAUUCCAGUAUCUCACCUGUUAGGCUUCCACUGAAUUCCAGCCUGGGAGCUGAACUCAGUAGAAAAAAGAAAGAAAGAGCAGCAGCUGCUGCUGCAGCAAAAAUGGAUGGAAAGGAAUCCAAGGGUUCACCUUUAAUUUUGCCUAAAAAAGAGAACAGUUCAGUAGAGGCAAAGGAUUCAGGCUUAGAGUCUAAAAAAUUAACCAAAGGUGUAAAAUUGGAAAAAUUUGCCCCAGAUACUGAACUGGUAAAUGUAGCACAUUCAAAUACAGAGGUUAAAAAUUCUUUAGAUGCAGGGAAAGUAAAGGAUGAGAAUUCUGAGAAGCAUCCUGUUAAGGAUUUGAAAGCACAGGUAACCAGAGACUCUAAACCUGUAGCAUUGAAGGAGGAGAUUGUUAUUCCAAAGGAUACAGAGUCAUUGGAAAAGGAAACCCCUCCACCCCUUCCCACAAUUGCUUCUCCUCCACCCCCCUUACCAUCCACUACUCCUCCACCUCAGACACCCCCUUUGCCACCUUUGCCUCCACUACCAGCUAUUCCACAGCAACCACCUCUGCCUCCUCCCCACCCACUGUUUAGUCAAACUCCUCUUUCUAGUACUUCAACCCUACCCCCUUCUCCACACCCAAGAACAUCCACUCUGUCCUCUCACACAAAUUCUCAGGCUCCUGUACAGGUUUCUAUGAAGACUCAAGUAUCUGUAACUGUUGCUGUUCCACACCUGAAAACUUCAACAUUGCCUCCUCUUCCCCUUCCACCUCUGUUACCUGGAGAUGAUGAUAUGGACAGUCCAAAAGAAACACUUCCUUCAAAACCUUUGAAGAAAGAAAAGGAACAAAGGACUCGUCACUUACUCACAGACCUUCCUCUCCCCCCUGAGCUCCCUGGUGGGGAUCCAUCUCCCCCAGACUCUCCAGAGCCAAAGGCAAUUACACCACCUCAGCAACCAUAUAAAAAGAGACCAAAAAUUUGUUGUCCUCGUUAUGGAGAAAGAAGACAGACAGAAAGUGAUUGGGGAAAACGCUGUGUGGACAAGUUUGACAUAAUUGGGAUUAUUGGAGAGGGAACCUAUGGCCAAGUAUAUAAAGCCAAGGACAAAGACACAGGAGAACUAGUAGCUCUGAAGAAAGUAAGACUAGACAAUGAGAAAGAGGGCUUCCCAAUCACAGCUAUUCGAGAGAUCAAAAUUCUUCGCCAGUUAAUCCAUCGAAGUGUUGUUAACAUGAAGGAAAUUGUCACAGAUAAACAAGAUGCACUGGAUUUCAAGAAGGAUAAAGGUGCCUUCUACCUGGUAUUUGAGUAUAUGGACCAUGACUUAAUGGGACUGCUAGAAUCUGGUUUGGUUCAUUUUUCUGAGGACCAUAUCAAGUCAUUUAUGAAACAGUUAAUGGAAGGAUUGGAUUACUGCCAUAAAAAGAAUUUCCUGCAUCGGGAUAUUAAGUGUUCUAACAUUUUGCUGAACAACAGUGGGCAAAUCAAACUUGCAGAUUUUGGACUUGCUCGACUCUAUAACUCUGAAGAAAGUCGCCCUUAUACAAACAAAGUCAUUACUCUGUGGUACCGACCUCCAGAACUGCUGCUGGGAGAGGAGCGAUAUACACCAGCCAUAGAUGUUUGGAGCUGUGGAUGCAUCCUUGGAGAACUGUUUACAAAGAAGCCUAUUUUUCAAGCCAAUUUGGAACUGGCUCAACUAGAACUGAUCAGCCGUCUCUGUGGUAGUCCUUGUCCAGCAGUAUGGCCUGAUGUUAUCAAGCUGCCCUACUUCAACACCAUGAAACCGAAGAAACAGUAUAGAAGACGCCUAAGAGAAGAAUUCUCCUUCAUUCCUUCAGCAGCACUUGACUUACUGGACCACAUGCUGACACUAGAUCCUAGUAAGCGAUGCACAGCUGAACAGACCCUGCAGAGUGACUUCCUUAAAGAUGUGGAACUCAGCAAAAUGGCUCCUCCAGACUUACCUCACUGGCAGGAUUGCCAUGAAUUGUGGAGUAAGAAACGGCGAAGGCAGCGACAAAGUGGUGUAGUGGUAGAAGAACCACCUCCAUCCAAAGCCUCUCGAAAAGAAACUACCUCAGGGACCGCUGCUGAGCCUGUGAAGAACAGCAGCCCAGCACCACCUCAGCCUGCUCCUGGCAAGGUGGAGCCUGGGGCUGGGGAUCCAGUAGGCCUUGGUGACAUCACACAACAGCUGAAUCAAAGUGAAUUGGCAGUGUUACUAAACUUGCUACAGAGUCAAACUGACCUGAGUAUCCCUCAAAUGGCACAGCUGCUCAACAUCCACUCCAACCCAGAGAUGCAACAGCAGCUAGAAGCCCUGAACCAGUCCAUCAGUGCACUGACAGAAGCCUCUUCCCAGCAGCAGGACUCAGAAUCCAUAGCCCCAGAGGAAUCAUUGAAGGAGGCACCCCCUGCACCAGUAGUCUUGCCUUCAACAGAACAAACAACUCCUGAAGCUUCAAGCACACCAGCUGACAUGCAGAAUAUGUUGUCAGUUCUUUUGAGUCAGCUGAUGAAAACCCAGGAGCCAUCAGGUAAUCUGGAGGAAAACACCACUGACAAGAAUAGUGGGCCACAGGGACCCGGAAGAACUCCCACAAUGCCACAGGAGGAGGCAGCAGCAUGUCCUCCUCACAUUCUUCCACCAGAGAAGAGGCCCCCUGAGCCCCCUGGACCUCCACCGCCGCCACCUCCACCCCCUCUGGUUGAAGGCGAUCUUUCCAGCGCCCCCCAGGAGUUGAAUCCUGCCGUCACAGCCGCCUUGCUGCAACUUUUAUCACAGCCUGAAGCAGAGCCUCCUGGCCACCUGCCACAUGAGCAUCAGGCCUUGAGACCAAUGGAGUACUCUACCCGAUCCCAUCCAAACAGGACUUAUGGAAACACUGAUGAGCCUUCAACAGGGUUCAGUGCCACUGACACUGAUGAACGCAGCUCUGGUCCAGCCUUGACAGAAUCUUUGGUCCAGACCCUGGUGAAGAACAGGACCUUCUCUGGCUCUGUGAGCCACGUUGGGGAGUCCAGCAGUUACCAGGGCACAGGGUGGCAGCAGCAGGCAUAGCCCUUGAAGAAUUCAUCCAUCAGUCACCUUGCAUCCAGUGCCUGGCAAACAUAGUCUCUUGCAUAGUACUUAAAGCCAGGUUCAGAGGAAUUUUCUACCUGUCUAACUUCUGUGAGAGACAGAAGAAGUAGAGGCCUGCUCCUGCUUUCUCUCCCCCAGUACUCCAGAGCUGGUACCCUCAUCAUCUUUUCCUGCUGAUGUGGAAAUCAAUACGUGGAUUGUGGGAUUCAUUUGAAUUCUACCCUGGAGUUGCUUUAUGUUCUGGAUUUGGAGAAUUCCUAGGAAUGUAUGUAAGGAAAGCCAACUCUGUUCCUGGCUACCUUAUCGCCUUCAUUCUGAAAAUAAAUGUCUUAGGUUCCAUUUGCCCUCCUGACACAUGGAGAAUAAAGAAAAAGCUUUGAACCUGACCUUGAAGUCCCUGAAGAGCUUCUUUGGACCUAACUCUGGACAGAUCCAAGAGACCAAAGAAACUGAAGCAUCCUAUCAUGGUAUCAACAGAGCUGGGGAAAGAAAAGCACCAGCCGACCACCUUAGAACCUUUCUUGGAGGAGAGCUGUGUUAUCUGCUCACCAUCCUUGUGGAAACAGCUGAGAGAAAAGGGGAUUGAAUUUUAGCAGAAAGGAUAGAGACCAAACAUGAAAAGAUUUACUCAAGGUACUUCAGGAUGAGCCUACUUCUCUUCAGAAAUUGUUCUGCCUAUGAUGAAUUUAAGUCUGUGCCUGCCCAAGGAACAAAGGAAGAACAUGGUGAUUUUUCCAAGCCUCCUCCAGAUAACCUCAACCCAGAUUCUACAAAAUGCAACUCUCUUUGGUCCAUCAAAAUAUAGCUUGUAGCCAGGUGUGGUAUGCACCUUUAAUCUCAGCACUCAGAAGGCAGAAGUAGGAAUGAGUUCCAGGUCAUAGAGUGAGACCCUACCUCAGAAACAACAAUAAAAAUGUAGUUAGUGUGGUGAUUAGACCACACGUUUUGCCAGACAAGGUGGCACAUGCCUUUAAUACCAGCACUUGGGAGACAGAGGUAGUAGGAUAGCUGUGAGUUCAAGGUCAGCCUGCUGGGACUUCAUAGUGAAUUCCAGCUCAGCCUGGCCUUGAGCAAGACUCUACCUUAAAAAAAAAAAAAAAAAAAUCACAGGUUUCAAAGGCUGAUUCCUUUGGGUUCCAGUGCCAGCUCUGUUGCUUACCAGCUAGCUACCUUGCUAAGUCAUUUAGCUUCUUUGAGGCCUACUCUCUUUGUAAAGUGCUAGGCAUGGUGGUGCAUGCCUUUGAUCCUAGCAGUCAGGAGGCAAAGAUAGGAGGAUCACUGUGAGUUCAAGGCCAGCCUGGGAUUACAUGGUAAAUUCCAUGUCAGCCUGGGUUAGAUCAAGACCCUACCAAUCUCAGGAAAUAAAUUUAAAAAAAAAGAGACUAUGAGAACUACAUGAAAUAGUGUAUAUAAAGCCUGAUCCUCAAGAUGUCUCAGGAUUUAAUGUAAUAAAAUACAUUUGUUUUAAGAAGCCAGCAGAUAGGCAGGAGAGAUGUCUUAGUGGUUAAGGUGCUUGCCUGCAAAGCCUAAGGACCCAGAUUCAAUUUCUCAGUAUCCACAUAAGCCAGAUGCACAAGGUGGCACGUGGACCUGGAGUUUGUUUGCAGUGGCUAGAGGCCCUGGAACACCCAUUCUAUCUCCCUGUAUCUCUCUCAAAUAAAUAAAUCAAAUUCAUUUUUACAAAAAGAAGCCAGCAGGCUUGACAUUGAUUCAAAGAAUACAUGAUUCCCUGACAGUUAUUGCUAUAUGUACACGUGUGCAUGCAUACACACAUAUACUUGGGUUACUGUCCAUAGUUUUCUUUAGGAUAUGGAGUAAGAGUGGCAGUCCUCCAGUAAUGAAGUAGCCCCAAUCCAAUCCUUUGACUCAAGAAAUCAGUUCCCCCAUUCCCAAACCUCUUUGCCAAGAGAGAACCAUUAUUCCAGGCCACAUCUUAGCCACUGUUCUCUCUGCAAUUAUAGCUUCAUUCAGGAUAGAGUUAAGAGAAAUAGUCAUAGGAACAACUAGCAUUUGCUGGACACUUUACAAAAAAUUUGUCAAGUACAUUUGCCAACAUAGCUCUUUGGAUACCUAAAACAACCCAAGAAAGAAAGAAGAAACUUGAUUUAGUGAGUGCCUGCUAUGCACUGGACAUUGUAAUAUAGACAUUUUUUUAAUUUUAAUUUUUUUUUCAGGUAAGCCCAACAGCCUGGGCUUUUUUUAAUGAGAGAGAGAGAAAUGUCAUGGCAGGGCCUCUGGACACGUGUGCUCCUUUGUAUGUAUGAGUGACCUUGCACUUGUGUCACUUUGUGCAUCUGGCUUAUGUGGGAUCUGGGGAGUCGAACAUGGGUCCUUAGGCUUUGCAGGCAAGUGCCUUAACUACUAAGCCAUCUCUCAAG